UGCUUAUUUUCUGACUUUCGUCCUCAUUUUCCCAUUGUAGGGUUUAAGCAUUUCUCUCUGAUACAGUACCUCUCUCUCUCCCCUAGGGUUUCUCUCUCCUCCCACAAACCCCAGCCAUGUCCGUAUAUCGCCUCCUCCUCCGCUCUCUCCGCCGCCCCUCCACCACUCCCCAAACCCUCACAACCACAUCCCUCCUCCAUAUCACCAACACCACCACCACCAUCCCAGACCUCACUUUCCGGCGAUCCUUCGCCUUCUCCUCCGCCGAAGAAGCAGCAGCCGAGCGCCGCCGCCGCAAGCGCCGCCUCCGCAUCGAGCCCCCUCUCCAGGCCCUCCGCCGCGACCCCCACUUCCACCCUCCACCGCGUGACCCUAACGCGCCGCGCCUCCCCGACUCCACCUCCGCCCUAGUGGGCCCCAGACUUAACCUCCACAACCGCGUCCAGUCCCUCAUCCGUGCCGGCGAUCUCGACGCCGCCUCCUCCGUCGCCCGCCACUCCGUCUUCUCCAACACCCGUCCCACCGUCUUCACCUGCAACGCCAUCAUCGCUGCCAUGUACCGCGCCAAGAGGUACAAUGACGCUAUUGCGCUUUUCCAGUUUUUCUUCCAGCAGUCCAACAUUGUUCCCAACAUUGUCUCUUACAAUAACUUGAUUAAUGCGCAUUGUGAUGAGGGGAGAGUUGAUGUUGGUCUGGAUGUUUUUAGACAUAUUAUGGCUAAUGCGCCUUUUAGUCCAUCACCGGUCACGUACCGGCACUUGACCAAAGGGUUGAUUGAUGCUGGGAGGAUUGGGGAGGCUGUUGAUUUGUUGAGGGAGAUGUUGAACAAAGGGCAUGGUGCAGAUUCCUUGGUUUACAACAAUUUAAUUUCCGGGUUUUUGAGCUUGGGCAAUUUGGAGAGAGCUAAUGAGCUUUUUGGCGAGCUUAAGGAAAGGUGUCUUGUGUAUGAUGGGGUUGUGAGUGCCACGUUCAUGGAUUGGUUUUUCAACAGAGGGAUGGAGAAGGAGGCGAUGGAAUCGUACAAGUCGUUGCUUGAUAGGCAGUUCAAGAUGAUACCAGCUACUUGUAAUGUUCUAUUGGAGGUUUUGCUUAAGCAUGGAAAGAAGACUGAGGCUUGGGCGUUGUUUGAUCAGAUGCUGGAUAAUCAUACCCCUCCAAAUUUUCAGGCUGUCAAUUCAGAAAGUUUUAGCAUAAUGGUUAAUGAGUGUUUCAAGCUUGAGAGGAUCGAGGAUGCAAUUGUGACCUUUAGGAAGGUGGGAACGAAGGUAAAUUCGAAACCUUUUGCUAUGGAUGUUGCUGGCUAUAAUAAUAUCAUUACCAGAUAUUGUGAAAAUCGGAUGUUGUCGGAGGCCGAGUCAAUGUUUGCCGAAUUGUGCUCCAAGUCGUUGUCCCCGGAUGUCCCUACUUACAGGACUCUUAUUGAAGCAUAUUUGAAGGAAGAGCAGAUAGAUAAUGCUCUGCAGAUGUUCAACAGAAUGGUGGAGGCUGGUUUGAGGGUUGUUGCUAGUUUUGGUAAUAGGGUGUUUGAUGAAUUGAUUAAGAAUGGUAAAGCAGUGGACUGUGCGCAGAUUUUGAAGAAAAUGGGGGAAAAAGAUCCUAAACCCGAUGUCAGUUGCUAUGAGGUUGUGAUCAAGGGGCUUUGCAAUGAAGGAGCAUUUGAUGUGAGCCUGGAUUUAGUAGAAGAGGUGAUGAGGUAUGGAAUUGGUGUUACUCCUACGCUGCAGCAGUUUGUAAAUGAGGCUUUUGCAAAAGUUGGGCGGGGACAAGAGAUUGAGAGAGUGUUGAGCAUGGAUCGAUGGGGACACACCCCGCCCUCUCGUACAGAACGACCAGGACAACAGCCAUUAGGGAGAGCUCAAAUGGCGGGACCAUCACAUGCACCAUCAGGACCUGGUCAAAUGUCUUCAUGGUCAAAUCCUUCAUUUGGAUCCCCGCAAAGGACUGGAUUUCAUCAGUCACCAUCGGCGUCUCCUCAGAUGACUGGACCUUACCAAGGUCCCCCUCAAAUGGCAGCCCCUGUGAACACGUAUUCGGGAUCAUCUCAAACGGUAGGAUCCCAGCACCCUCCAUCAGAGCCUCCUCAAAUGGCAACACCAUAUUAUCAACAGUCACAAUCUCCACAAAUGGCAAGACCAUAUUACCAACAGUCACAACCUCCUCAAAUGGCGAGACCACAUUACCAGCAGUCACAAUCUCAAAUGGCAGGACCAUAUUACCAACAGUCACAAUCUCCUGAAAUGGCAGGACCAUAUUACGGACAGUCACAAUCUUCUCAAAUGCCUGGAACUCACCACCCUCCUUCGCAACCCCAACAUGUGUAUGCAACCCAACACUCUUCUUCAGUAUCUCCACCAAUGGGAGGACCCCAGCAUUAUCCAUCAGGAAACCAUCGAAUGCCAGGAUUUCAGCAUCAUACCGGACACCCACAAGUGGCAGAGUCAUAUAAUCCAAUGUCACAACCCCCUGAAAAAGCUGGAUGGGAAAUGGGAGCACCACACCGCCAAUCAGGACCUUCACAACCAGGACCAUAUCCCUCGCGAUCGGACUCCCAUCAAAUGUCUAAGCAGGAACAGGUGCAAUCUGAAUCCCAGCAGCCCCAAGUAGCAGAACAGGUAGCAACUGCUUGAUUCUUUACUCGAAAUUCAUGGAGUUCGCAUUUCUUUCACGAUUUUAUUCCGGUCCCGAACAUUCCUACUUUAUUGUUAUCUGCCAAGCGUAUCCUCACGUCGGAAGCAUAUGCUGUAAUUUCAGUCGAGUAUAAGAAUGAGGUAGACUUUGAUAUGGUGUAUGAAGGUAUGCUUGAGAGUUUUAAUUCUCUCCAAGUAACUACUGAUUCUCCUUCAUACGUUAUACAUAUACACAAACGAGCGGUUAAUUAUUGUUGUAGUUUUGCGCUCUGGAUAUUUGACAGAGACGCUUUGAUGAAUAAUAAUUUUAAAUUUACUACAGUUUUGCAUUUCCCCCUAUCGAAUAGAUGACUAUCUUCUGAAUGUG